AGAUUCUGCCUUUUGAGUAAUCUGAAUGCGCAGAUUAAACAAGUAUAAAAAGCCACAACAUUGACAGGAUUUGAAUGGUUUUCAAUGAAGUUUGAUAAGAAAACUUUAGGAAAAUCGCUUUGAGGAUUAGGUUCUUCAUAAAAUAUCGGUUCAAUAAAGGAUAAUUCAUUUGCUCCUCGUCAAUUUCGAAAAAGAUUUUGAUCCUUAGGAUGAUGGUUAGAAUAAUGAACUGAGAAGAAUGAAAAAGUCACAGAACUACGUGUAACCCAUAAAGAUUAUUCUCAAAGACACAGUUUAAAUGCUCCUAAAGAGGACGAAUGCAUUACUUUCUUAAACACCUCAUUUGAGUAAGGAAAAAUAGCUUUUUUAAUUUAAAAAUGCACAUAAUGUUAGGCUCGCUAACAGGUGGCAUUGGCUAACUGGCUGCAUAAAAGAACAAUAAGAAACUAAAAAAAAUGGAUUUAUAAAUAACUAAUCGAAAGCAAAUUUCGAAGUAACUUUGGAAGUCUCUCGACUAUAUGUUUCGAUUUGCAAAGAUGAUACAGAAUAAACGUUUUACGAUGCCCACAGCUGUUACCAGUACUGACGGAAAUAAUCAAUAAUAAAAUGAAAGAAAGAAAUGCAAGAAACUAUAUGAAAUACUUGAAACUGUAUUUAACUAUGUCUCCCGAACAUAACUUGCAGCUCGUGAUGAAAACUGAGAAAUGACAAACGUACUUGUCAUUGCUGUCUAUUCUUUUGUUAAAACUUUUGUUUGUGGUAUAACUUUAGAGGAUUAAACUCAAUCAUGCUUUUUAGCUUGACUCUCAGUGUUUUCCUAGUUUUGGGAGGACACAUUGUCUGUGACCAAAAUGCGUGUCCACAUUCAUGUUAUUGUGACGAAAAAAACGAGUACGUCAGUUGCGUAGGAGAUGGACUUCAGCGGUAUCCUGAAGAUGUACCUGAAACAGCAGUGCGUCUUGAAAUUCGCAAUUACGUAGCUCCAGAAAUUUCGUCAAAAGACUUCUCGCAUUUAUUGAUUCUGGAAGAACUGAAACUUCAACAAUCGCGCAUAGAGAGUAUCGAGAAUUCUACAUUCGCUAUGAACGGUAUACUUGGAAGUCUUGAUUUAAGCCAAAAUGCUCUUAGUAUUCUUAAUGCCCCUAUUUUCAGAGGUCUUAAUUAUCUGCGUCAUCUUGAUUUGUCAUCAAACUUCAUCGACAGUUCAGAUGACGCAUUUGUCGAUUUAAUGAAUUUGGAGCAACUGAACUUAAGGAACAACCGCCUAUGCUCCUUAACAACGCAUAUCUUUAAUGGUCUCCACAAGGUUCAAUACCUGAACCUUGAUGCCAAUAACAUUUCAUCCAUUGAAGUAGGUACGUUUCAGUACCUUACAAAUCUCGCUCAUCUCAUCAUCAGCAACAAUCCCCUCGCCACAUUCUCCAGACUUGACUUUUUUGGGUCGAGACUCCAAUACAUCGAUAUCUCACACGUGGGUCUCGACCGAGUUCCUCAGAGCUUAACUAAAUUUGUUCGCGACUUGCGCCUCACCAAAAACAAUCUCACUCACAUCAGCGCUGGUGAUUUCGAUAGUUAUCCCUACCUGGGACUUCUGGUGCUAGACGACAAUUGCGUCAGUGAAAUCGAGAACGACGCUUUGGGAAGGUUAGAAUAUCUCAUGAGGCUGUGGCUUAAUGGUAACUGCCUAACAAAAGUUCCACCUAACCUUCCACCCAGUCUCACCGCUCUUUACAUGGAAGAAAAUAAGUUGACUGACUUGUUCAGCUACAGUUUCAAAGGUUUGGAAAGGCUCGAAACUCUGUUUUUGCAAAGAAAUGAAAUUCGAAGUGUGCAUCCGUGUGCGUUUUGUGAUCUCGUGAAUCUUAAGAGCCUAGAUUUGCAGGCAAAUAAAAUCGAAAAUCUGACUAAUGGUGCAUUUAUGAACUUAACGCAACUUGAAACACUAGACCUGUCACAGAACAAUCUCAAAGUUAUUGAAUCAUACGCAUUCAGUCCUCUGUCGAGAUUAAGUACGUUACAGAUGUCUAGGGUACCAACAGUUGUUGAAAUAGGGGAAGGGAUAUUUGAUUCCUUACACAAUCUUUUGAUUUUAGAAGUGUAUGACAGUCUGCAUUUAGUUCACGCUAUCAUCAACUCAACUCGUGUACUCCAUGGUCUUCACAGAGUCGAAGAGCUCAACAUAAUGCACAACAGUAUAGUCAAGCUGAGAUCCGAUUUUGCAUCAUUUUUCCCGGCACUGAAGGUAAUAAAAAUAAGUGGUAAUUUAUGGCAUUGUGAUGAAAGCAUCAAAUGGUUAGCUAACUGGAUCAAGCAAUCCAAUGUUCAGUUUUACAGCAGUUAUAAUAUUCGAUGCUUCACGCCGUCAAACAUACAGUUUAAACCUUUGAUGAUGCUAACUGAUUCUGACUUCGAUAGCUCUGCCGGAACGAGCAAGACCAAACAGGAAAACGUGCUAACAUCUACUAUGACGAUAUCUUUUCCAAGUCCCUCCAUCAUGACAACUCUAACAACACUAAAGGAAUCUUCAGAGGAUGAUAAUAUAACAGCUAUUGCUACCACUAAUGUAUCUACAACAAUUCAAUAUAAUAAUACUGAUUUAGACGCCAAAAAGCCAAAUGUUUACGAUUCAACACUUUUCGAUACUUCAGAAGCUGUACUAAACAGUACAAACUUCACCUCUGGUGACGAGCAUGUGAUGUUGCCAAGAAUUUCUGACGAUUCUCGUGUAAAUUCAGAAAUGGAGAGUUUAAAUUCAGGCAAUGGCUCAGUCCAUAGUCAUUCCUUUACAUAUUCCAGCAUACAUGGCUCAGAAAAAAGUGUAGCUAAUAUUAGCUCAGAUAUUGUUCUUCUACAGAGGCGCAUGCUGUCGUCCAGGCUGACAGAGACGCCUUACAGCUGGGACAGUGCUGUCACUGUUGUUGUCUUAUCAGGGGGGUGUUUCUUACUGAUCGUGAUCGCAUGCCACCUCCGUAUAAGACAAAAACACGCCAAUGUAAGGCGUGAUAGUAUUUCCUACUAUCCUCAAAAGGAUGAAGUGUCUAUUGUAACGGACAGUGCCCGAGGUCAGUGUGGAUUGGGGAGUAGGUUGUACUUUAUAAAGGAAAACAGCACAAAUGUUGUGGACUCAAGUAAUGGUGACUCACAACUUCAAGAAUUGCUGCUACCUAAUUCAUCUGUAGAAAAUGGGUACCUUUACUGAGAUUUCAGUUAUGAAAUCAAUGUGUUUUUUUUUUCGAUCAAAACUUUUUCCGAACCUGAAUCAUAUUUUAUACGGUAACCUUCACUGAAAAUGAACUCUUCUUAUCAUAUGGUACAAGAAGGAAGAACUUAAACAUCUUUGUUUUAAAAGUAUAAUACAGUAGGCUCUCGAAUAUUCGCUGAAUUGGGCAGCACGCCAACCGCAGAUAAUCCACAAAACGGUCAAAAAUGCACCUCGUACUUGUUUUUCCUUGUUAAAACACCUGUUAUUUACUUUUAACUGAAAGCUUUUAAAUAACAUUCUGUUAUUACAAAAAAAAUAUAACAAAUAAGUGCACAAUAGUAGAAGAAAUGUCAAAAUGUCGAUAGGAUAGGAAACAUAUUCAUAAACAUAUUUUUUAUAAGAGCAUCGUUACAAAUAUUAUCUUUUUUUUCCGUUUCUAAAGACUUGCAAAUGUUUGUAUGAACAAAUAGCAUAUUUAGCGUCUCCAGCAAUCUGAGAGUUAAAAAAAAGUUUGAUAACGAUUAUACAAUAGCAUUUCGUAGUAAGGUGUUAAACCCUCUUGUUCGCUGCCACUCAUCAACCCCUUUGAUUGUUUCCCACUGAUUGUUACAUAAUACAGUUUUGUCUACGGAAGUUGAAAUUUUUCU